AUGGCUGAAAACUAUGUGGACAAUGAGCUCUUGGACUAUGAAGAUGAUGCAGAGGAGACAGCAGUUGGAGAAGACGGGGCUGAGGCCCCUGCCAAGAAGGAUGUCAAGGGCUCCUACAUCUCCAUUCACAGCUCUGGCUUUCAUGACUUCCUGCUCAAGCCAGAGUUGCUCCAGGCCACUGUUGACUGUGGCUUUGAGCAUCCAUCAGAAGCCCAGCACGAAUGCACCCCUCAGGCCAUUCUAGGUAUGGCUGCCCUGUGCCAAGCCAAGUCAGGCAUGGGCAAGACAGUGGUGUUUGUGCUGGCCACCCUGCAACAGCUGGGGCCAGUUACUGGGCAGGUGUCUGUGUUAGUAAUGUGUCACACUCAGGAGCUGGCUUUUCAGAUCAGCAAGGAGUACGAACGUUUCUCUAAAGUACAUGCCCAAAGUCAAGGUCGCAGUGUUUUUGGUGGUCUAUCUAUCAAAAAGGAUGAAGAAGUGCUGAAGAACUGCCCGCAUAUUCUCGUGGGAACCCCUGGUCGCAUCCUAGCCCUGGUUCGAAAUAAGAGCCUCAACCUCAAACACAUUAAACACUUUAUCUUGGAUGAGUGCGAUAAGAUGCUUGAACAGCUCAACAUGCAUCGGGAUGUCCAGGAAAUUUUUUGCAUGACCCCCUCCCCCAAUGAGAAGCAGGUCACGACGUUCAGUGCUACCUUGAGCGAAGAGAUCCAUCCAGUCUGCUGCAAGUUCAUGCAAGACCCAAUGGAGAUCUUCGUGGAUGAUGAGACAAAGCUGACACUGCACGGGUUGCAGCAGUACUACAUGAAACUGAAGGACAACGAGAAGAACCAGAAGCUCUCUGACCUUCUGGAUGUUCUUGAGUUCAACCAGGGGGUGACCUUUGUGAAAUCUGUGCAGGGCUGCACUGCCCUGGCCCAGCUCCUAGUAGAGCAUAACUUCUCAGCCACUGCCAUCCACCGUGGGAUGCCCCAGGAGGAGAGGCUUUCUCAGUAUCAGCCAUUUAAAGAUUUUCAACAAAGGAUUCUUGUGGCUACCAAUUUAUUUGGCCGAGGUAUGGACACUGAGCGGGUGAACACUGCCUUGAACUACGACAUGCCUGAGGAUUCUGACACCUGCCUCCAUCGGGUGGCCAGAGCAGGGCGGCUGGGCACCAAGGGCUUGGCCAUCACAAUUGCGUCAGAUGAGAAUGAUGCCAAGAUCCAAGAUGUUCGGGACUGCUUUGAGGUCAGUAUUAGUGAGCUGCCUGAUGAGACAGACAUCUCCUCCUACACUGAGCAGACACAGUAG